GCUGUGGCAGACAGGGGGAGGGAGGGGACAAGCAAAGAGCAUGAAACUGGCUGUAAACACAGCGGCGGCUCCAGAAACAGCGUCCAGGGCAGCCAAGAGAGGCUGUCUCUCGCUCUCCCAGGAGCCGCCUUCCAGUAGAGGAAGCCUCUCCAGCUGUUGCAGUGCCGAGGUAACGGUGCAUCUGGCAGGCACUUAAAGAGGUGCGAGGCGGAGAGCGAGCGGGGUGAGGCGCGAGCAAACUUUCUUCUAGCUAUUUCUCCUUGCGGCUGUGUGAGCCUUGGGGCGGGAGUGCUUCUGUUGCUGGCCAGAAGGAAAUGCAAGUGCCAAAGAACCUGGACGCUGGAAAGGAGACGCUGCCCUGCUGGGCGCUGGAAGACAGACCUCGCUUUUGAGGCUUUCCCCCUUGCAAAAUAAGUGGGCAAGAAAUGAUCUGUCAGUCGCUCUGCGGGAGAAGAUCAAGUUUCAGAGAGCAUGUUGCUGGUACUUGGAAAGAAAAUGUGAGACAUAUUAGAAAAAAUUGAAAAAGAAAGUUGGAAUCACCAGUUUCAGUAGGUUUUAUUUAAAAACAAACGAACAAAUUGGCUGUGAAGAGCCAGAAAAUAUUUUCAGAAGUAAGGCAGGAAUUAGUUGGUUUUGCCACACUUGCUAGGCCUGAUGGAUACCAUAGAGACAGCAAAGCUUGAAGAGCACAUGGAAGGCCAGAACAAUGAAACUUCAAAUGGUUAUGCUCGACCUGCUCUCACAGUCAGUGAGGAGAGCAAAAAUGGCAGCAGCAAACCAAAGGGAUUACCCAAUGGCUUGCGGAAAGGCACCAAGAAGUACCCAGACUAUAUUCAGAUUUCUAUGCCUGCUGAAUCUAGAAACAAAUUUCCUUUGGAGUGGUGGAAAACUGGCAUUGCCUUUGUGUAUGCUGUCUUCAAUUUAAUUCUAACGACUGUUAUGAUCACAGUGGUACAUGAGAGGGUACCUCCCAAGGAGCUUAGUCCUCCAUUGCCAGAUAAGUUUUUUGAUUACAUUGAUCGCGUGGAAUGGGCAUUUUCUGUAUCAGAAAUAAAUGGAAUGAUACUAGUUGGAUUAUGGAUAAUCCAGUGGCUGUUUCUUAGAUACAAAUCAAUAGUGGGACGAAGGUUCUUUUUUAUAUUGGGAACUUUGUACCUUUACCGCUGUAUUACCAUGUAUGUCACCACCUUGCCAGUGCCUGGAAUGCAUUUUCAGUGUGCUCCAAAGCUAAAUGGAGAUUCUCAAGCUAAAAUUCAGCGGAUCCUGCGACUAAUUUCCGGUGGUGGACUAUCCAUAACAGGCUCGCACAUCUUAUGCGGAGACUUCCUGUUCAGUGGUCAUACUGUAGUGCUCACACUCACUUACCUAUUUAUCAAGGAAUAUUCUCCUCGUCACUUUUGGUGGUAUCACUUGAUCUGCUGGUUGAUGAGUGCUGCAGGGAUAAUCUGCAUUCUAGUAGGGCAUGAACACUACACUGUGGAUGUCAUCAUAGCUUACUAUAUCACCACAAGGCUUUUCUGGUGGUACCACUCGAUGGCUAACGAAAAGAACUUGAAGGUCUCUUCACAAACAAACUUUCUGUCUCGAGCAUGGUGGUAUCCAGUAUUCAGUUUUUUUGAGAAGAAUAUACAAGGCUCAGUUCCUUGUUGUUUCUCAUGGCCAAUAUCUUGGCCCCCUAGCUGCUUCAAGUCUUCAUGCAAGAAAUACUCCCGGGUUCAGAAGACGGGAGAGGACAAUGAAAAAUCCACCUAAAUGAAAUGAAGAAGGCAAAAAACAAAAAAACAAGGACCUGCUUUUACCUUCUUACCAAAACAUUUGUGCUAUAACCAAAGUUCUAAGGGGACUAUAUUGUUAACUGAAGAAGUGGACCAAAUGUUGUGCAAUUUGAUUGGAGAAAGAGACAACUGUAGACUUUAAAAAGUCCCCUUGGUAUUUUUUCUAGUCAUAUUGUACAGUUCCAUCCCACUCUUCAGUGCUAGUAGAUAUUGGCACUAUGUAGCACUUUGGUGCCAACAGAAUACUUCCUGAGGAGAAAAAGAGCCAGGACUUUGGUUUCUUAAUGAGAUUAAGAGGUGCCAAAGAACACAUCACGCCAUCUGUUGUUAAAUAUCACUUAUCCACAGAAGCACUGAAACAAAAUAACAGCUUCAGGGUCCUGAAGCUUGACAAGCAAAACCAUAGUGAAUGCUAAAGGCAUAAUACUGGUCUGUCUCUAUCCUGUAUAGGGAGAAAAACCUAAACUGGCAGGCAACAGUUUUUACUGUUUUCACUAGUGAAGGCAAGACUUUGUGCAUGUGACUGAUGGAAACCAGAAGUGAGCCUUGAUAUUUUUAUAUUGUUUAUGGGAAUGAAUAUAUUAUGACCCUGUUAAUAGCACCACAACUUCCAAUUAUUUUGUCUAUCCUCUACUGACUUUUACAUUUUUUUUAAAUAAGUAGUAAUUUUUAUAUUGAAAAUAAAAAGCUAUAUUACCUGAUGAUACUGUAAGUUAGAAAUAAUGUCAACUAACAUCGUCUGGCUUCUACAAGGAAAAAAAUAUUUAUUUUUUAAAAUAUGUAGAUGUCAGACGAGAACCCUUUAAGUUUCUGCUUGUCACUUAGCUUGCAUAAGUGUACUGGAGUGUGUUUGUGUGCAUAUAUGUUACACUGAAUGCACAAAAUUAGACUGUAGUUGCAAAAGAGUGCUGGCAAUCCCUUGUAUAGUGACUAAAACAACCAAUAUACCAUUGAGUGUGGCCAGUUGCCUACUGGACAUUUGCUGCAUUUACAAGUGUAAUUGUACAAUUUUGAAAUUUUUAUCGGAUCCCUGUGGGAUUGCCUACAUCUCUUUGCAAUUGUCACUGUAACACAUAUGCCCAUGACCAUCCAUUUACCCACUGUGAGGACCUAGCUCAUUCUUUCUUCAUCCAGCCUUUCAAAACCUCUAGCUGCUCUCCUGUCUAGGGAAGCCCUUCCAGGCCUGAGAUGUGGAAGAGGUUCUUACUCAUCCCUGGCUUCCUUUGCUUUCCUUGUAACAAGCCACACAUGCAGAGACUUACCUCCAGGCCUCUCUUCCCCAGCUGUUACUUGGGGUCUGCCUUAAAUACACUGGAGCAGCCUUCUCAUAUUCAAGAUCCCACAGGCAUUUGAACAUCUUGCUCAUGAGAUCCUGGGGCUCCUUCUUUUCCAGCUGUGCCAUGCUGGUAGCCUUGGCCACUCUGGUUCCUUACCAGCCCUGCCCAGAACUCACCACCAUGGAUGAGUUUCCCAUCCCUAAAUAUUGGUCUUGUGGCCACUUGUUGCCACUGAUACACUGCGGGUGUAAGUCUGCCACACAUAAACAUUAGACAAUUAUUUUGGCUUGUAUACCACGUAAUGGCUGUGGGAGGCAAAAUUCCCACUGAUUCCUGUUCACUGGCUUUGAUUUUGUAUUGACAGCCUUUCAAAAAGGAUUUUUUGAAUGCUUAAGUAAGACUGUUGCCAUUUUUGCAAAAACUAUGUAAUGUUGAGCUUGAGAACCGGAUGUGAUAUAUUUACAGAUGAGCAUCACUUUGUUUUCUGUUGGCAUGAAUUCUGGUUGUUCAGAUACAAAUGCCAAGACUGUUCACUGCAAUUGGUUUGUUUAUUUCACUAUCAUUAAAUGGUCAGGUGGCCAGUCUACUACUU